AUGGUUCUCAUGGAUGAUAAGUGUGAUAAAAUCCAUUGUUCAGUGAAAAAUUAUUUGACAAAGAUGUUUGAGAAUGAUCUGAUCGAGGGGAAAGUUUAUGUCUUCUCAAAUUUUCUGAUUGAGGAAUCAAGCGGAAUUUAUCUUCCGACUACACAUGUGUAUGGUGAAUCGAUCGUUCAUAUACCAUCUAACAUUUUGAUUAAGAACUCUGAGACAGCUUUGGAUGACCUUAUUGAUUUCGUGUAUCCAAAUAUGUUAUCCAAUUUAUCAGUUGAAAAUUAUUUCAAAGAUAGAGCAAUUCUUGCACCAACUUUGGAUUGUGUCGCUGAUGUCAACAAUAAGAUAACUGCAGGGUUACCUGGACAAGAAAGAGUCUACUUAUGUUCAGACUCUGUGUGUGCUGAAGAGGGAAAUAUGGAAUUUGAGUUAGAUACUUUCUCGUCGGAGAUUGUAAAUGGAAUAAAUUGUUCAGGUUUAUCACCACACAAGUUGGUUUUGAAGGUUGGCGCUCCUGUUAUGUUGUUGCGGAAUAUAGACCAAACUAAUGGUUUGUGCAAUAGAACGAGGAUGCAAGUUAGAAGAAUGGGAAAUCAUGUGAUAGAAUGCAAGACUUUAACUGGUAACAAAGCUGGAAGUAUUGUUCUUAACCCAAGACUGAAUCUAAUUCCAAAUAAUGAAACAUUGCCGGUCAGGUUUCAAAGAAGACAAUUCCCAAUUAUCAUGUCAUUUGCAAUGACAAUAAAUAAAUCUCAGGGACAAACUCUAUCGAAAGUUGGAAUUUACCUUCCAAGGCCGAUUUUCACCCAUGGUCAAUUGUAUGUUGCGUUAUCAAGGGUAACGAGUAAAGAUGGUCUGAGAGUGCUGUUGUAA